AUGCAGAAGGAGGCCUCUUUUUCACACGGUUUUGUAGGACAAAGUCUGGAGGUAAUCUGUCUGUAUCCAACAGCAAACUACAAGUCCACACCCAAGUACUUCUGCCGUGAUCGGUGUUGGCACAAGGAUGUGCUAAUUAAAUCAGUGGCGACAAACGUCAGUGUUUCAAACGGAAGAUACUCUCUGAUUGACAACACGUCUGGUCUAUACUUCACCAUCAGUAUCAGGGAUCUGACCACACAGGAUUCUGGAACGUACUACUGUGGGUUUGACCAUUUGGGCAUAGACAGAUACACUGCAGUGCUGCUGCACGUUGUUAAUGCUUCAGCAUCAGAAUUUUCUGUUUCCACUCCUGAACCACGGGCCCAUCCACAGGACAACACAAGCAACAACAGCAACAGACCUCUACACUCUACAGGAACUGUUGUUCUCUCCGUGGUGUGUGGGGUGAGUCUAUCUUUGCUGGUGUCCUGUGUGUUGCUGUCUCUGGUGAUUCUCUACAGGAAGAGAAUUGCUGCUGGUAAAACACAAAAUGAGUCAUUUGAUCCAGUGACACCUGAGUCUCCAGCUUCUCAGGCUGUAGAUGGCGAUGGCGAUGUGCACUUAUAUGCUGGGGUAUGUGACCCUGACCCUGGGCAGCACUCAGUGCAGGACGCAGAGUUAACAGAACUCUACUUCCUGCUGCAGCCCCCAGACUCGCCUGCGGGGGGGCAGGACGAGCUCUACUCUCUGGUGGCCCCCUCACUGACCAGACAGCGCCCCCUACAGGAUCUGCCCCUCACUGACCAGACAGCGCCCCCUACAGGAUCUGCCCCUGACUGACCAGACAGCGCCCCCAACAGGAUCUGCCCCUCACUGACCAGACAGUGCCCCCAGAGUUGCCCCUGACCUCUGACCUGUGCUGAAUGUCCACACUCACAGACUCACAGACUUCGGGGGGCAUUCCCUCACAGACUCUGGGUUAGUCUUGCAAACUUCAACCUCAGAGUUAAUAUGAGGAAUUGUUCUGUCUUGAAAGCAAUAUCUCAUCAUAACCUUCAGGCAAAGCAUAUCCUCAUAGCCCGCAACCUUUCCUCACAACCUGAGCCAGGGUCUAGGGAUGCACUGCACACAGCACUGUUGGAGGUAGAUUAUGAAAAGAUUCAAUCUGAGAGAAA